AAUAGAAGGAGAUGGUAGAAAGCUUCGUUGCCAUGGUAGCGGAUGUAUGGAUCCUAGGAAGGCCGCAUCACCCCAUUCUCCUCCGUUCCGUCUCCCUCCCCAUCCAUCCCUCCAUCAUGUCACCCCGGUCCACUGGCCUUCAGGAAGCCAGGCUGGGGCCAGCUCUGGAGUGACCGGAUUGGAUAUCUGCCAUCGCCUGCAGCCCCGCCAUCCAUUCUUCCAUCCCUUCCUCUUUGCCUCCAUCACUCCUCUCUCCUCUGGCUCCAUCUCCCCCUUUUAUCAACCGAGGCUCCCAGUCUCCUGCGAUUGAAUUUCUAUCAAGUCUCUGAGUCAUUUAUACUGAAAAAGGCUUUCUUCUCUCACCAUGAUUCACAGCCUGUUCUUGAUCAACUCCUCUGGGGACAUUUUUCUAGAGAAGCACUGGAAAAGUGUGGUUAGUCGUUCUGUUUGUGAUUACUUUUUUGAGGCUCAAGAGAGAGCUACUGAGGCAGAAAAUGUGCCUCCUGUGAUUCCUACUCCUCAUCAUUAUCUCCUAAGUGUUUAUCGCCAUAAGAUUUUUUUUGUAGCUGUGAUCCAGACAGAAGUGCCACCUCUUUUUGUCAUUGAAUUCCUUCAUCGUGUGGUAGACACAUUUCAGGAUUAUUUUGGAGUUUGUUCAGAGCUAGUUAUCAAAGACAAUGUGGUUGUGGUUUAUGAAGUACUAGAAGAGAUGCUAGACAAUGGGUUCCCAUUGGCUACUGAGUCAAACAUCUUGAAGGAAUUGAUAAAACCUCCUACUAUCCUUCGAACUGUUGUUAACACUAUCACAGGAAGCACAAAUGUAGGUGAUCAGCUUCCCACUGGGCAGUUAUCAGUGGUGCCAUGGCGACGGACUGGAGUGAAAUAUACUAAUAACGAAGCAUAUUUUGAUGUAAUUGAGGAGAUUGAUGCCAUCAUUGAUAAAUCAGGUUCUACAAUCACUGCUGAGAUCCAAGGUGUCAUUGAUGCUUGUGUCAAGCUGACCGGGAUGCCAGACCUCACACUUUCUUUCAUGAACCCUAGGUUGUUGGAUGAUGUCAGCUUUCAUCCGUGUGUUCGUUUCAAGCGCUGGGAAUCUGAGCGUAUUCUUUCCUUCAUCCCCCCUGAUGGAAACUUCCGCCUGCUCUCCUACCACGUCAGUGCUCAGAACUUGGUUGCAAUUCCAGUGUAUGUCAAACAUAACAUCAGUUUCCGAGAUAGUAGCUCACUAGGGCGCUUUGAGAUUACAGUGGGACCCAAGCAGACUAUGGGAAAAACCAUAGAGGGAGUGAUUGUCACCAGCCAAAUGCCCAAAGGGGUCCUGAAUAUGAGCCUUACUCCAUCUCAGGGCACUCAUACUUUUGACCCAGUUACCAAGUUGCUCUCUUGGGAUGUAGGAAAAAUAAAUCCCCAAAAGCUGCCAAGUUUGAAGGGGACUAUGAGUCUUCAAGCUGGAGCUUCCAAACCUGAUGAAAACCCUACUAUCAACCUGCAAUUUAAAAUCCAGCAACUGGCUAUCUCUGGAUUGAAAGUGAAUCGUCUAGAUAUGUAUGGAGAAAAGUAUAAACCAUUCAAAGGCAUAAAAUACAUGACCAAAGCUGGGAAGUUUCAAGUCCGAACAUGAAGAGAAUUCCAGAAUGAGGGAAGAGCCACAAAUACUUUUUCCGUUUUGUCUUACCCAGAAGUAAAGACUCAGCCUGUCUUCUGCACGUCAAUAUCUUCUUGGGCCAACAUUCUCCCUUUUUUCUACUGAAUCUACUGGAUCUACUGAGCCUUUAAUCUUCUAGCAAAUCACAGGAGAAGGAGGUUCACCAGGGAGAAUUGGACAUCUAAAAGUUGAAUGAGUGAUAAUUUCAUUCUUAAAGAGGAGAUGAGACAUGGCAGAUUUGUUUGACUAUAUAUUUAAUUCUUUUUAUCCUGUUUCCUGAAGAAGGCUGACGUAUGUUGUUUGCCUGAUUUUUCUUUCUAAAUCUAGGAAAAUAGUCCUUUCUAAAAGAUGGUAAUUAAAAAGUUCAAUCAUUUGAGUAAUAGUGAAUAUUAGCUAAGGAAGGAUCACCUGUGGACAUGAUAUAUAUGAGAGAGGCUGAAUAAGAAUCCCUGGAGGACACUUGUGUGAAGGAGGUUAUGUGUAGAAGGAUGAAUGAUAUAGGAAGUAAUUAAGAAUCCCAUUCAGAGGAGGGUAGAAAGAAAUUAGUGUUGAGUUGGUUGAUUUCUUAUAUGUAGAUUCCUCUACUUGUCAUACAUUCACUAAAUUUGUACAAUUCUCAGAAUUGUUUUGAAGCCAUUACUAAAAUGCUUAAAAAAAAAAAACCCAGUAGAAAAAAAUUGUCCUUGCAGAUGUACAGUCACGUACAAAUUACUCUAAUGAGGUCUUGGCCAGAGGAGGAAGGAUCUGCUACCAUUGGUAGAAAGGGAAAAGAAAAUGUCUGAAUCCCUCUCAUCAAAUAGAGGCUGGACAAACUAAAUAAUUCUCAUUUCUCCUUGCCUAACUCCAAGUAAUUUUGCUCACUAUACAUUCACUAAAGUACUUCCUUCCUGAUAUUCUUCCCUAGUCUUUACAAGGUGAAGAGGGUUGGGGAAGGUUGACCCUAUAUCCUGGCCUCGCUUGUUCAAGGAUGUCUCAGCAUUGGGAAAUGAAGGGUCUCUUUGGAGCACAUGGUACAUCUAAGGCUAGAUUUCCAUGGGGAAAAUAUUCGAGUUCCAUUCUUAAGGAGGUCAGAAUUGGCCAUCUGGAUCAUGAAGAAUAUACUAGUUAUCUAACCUUUGUUCUCAGUCAGUGGGUGACUAAGUGGCUUGCAAUUUUCAUAAUUUUUCAGAGUAUAUAUGAUAUUGAUUUAGAUAAUAAAAAGCCAUGAACAUUCACUUUUAGCUUAAAUGAAGGUGCUAUUAUUCCCUGUUUCUUGGAAGGAAUGGGUAGAAAGAAAUGAAAGAAAUCUAUUUCCUGAUCCUAUUUUUGCUGAUACUUAUGUGAAUUUUUAGUUUCGUAACUCUUUACUUUUCUGGACUUGUUUUUUGCUAAUGAAUGGUAUGUAACUUUGUAUUACACUGUAUUUUUUCCUUUUGGGAUAAAUCAUGCUGUGAAUAGUGAAAUGUGUUUCUUCCCCAUCUUGCCUAGGCAUUCCAGUUUGUGUUUUAGGUACUGUGCAAAUAGCAGCUGAGUCUCACUUCAGAAUCUGACUUGGGCUCAAAACCUGCAAAGGAAUCAUGUGAGCUUUGGAGUCCCCCUUUUUAGGAAUCCCAUAGCAUUUAGAAUCACCUCUUCCCAGGUCCCUGAGUGACUUCUGGGCCUCCUGGGAUGGCCGGGUAACCAGUACAUUGUUUUUCAGAGUGUGACAUAUUCUUGUUGUUACUUCAUAUGUUGAAUUUUUAAGUCUAAAAUUCACAAGAGGCAAUUGUUCUUUUUCUUCUUGAGCAAUUCAUGCUAAUUGCAGGCAAAACACUUAAGAGGAAGGGGAGCAUCCUGCUGAGUGUGAGGCUAACCGUGUAAAGCAACGGCCCUCUCCUCGUCUGUGAUGGAGCUCUGGGGGCUGUCACCAUCCACACAGCUCUGCUCACGAUGGGCGCAAGUGCUGCAGCCAUGUCUCCGAAAUGGUGUUGCCUCUGGCUCCUGAGUUUAGCACACACCCAAGGAGACGCUCACCUACCCCUCAAUAAAGGUCUGUUUCACCAGAA